AUGACUCGACAUGGGAAAAAUUGUACAGCUUCAUCGGUUUAUUCAUAUCAUGAGCGAAAGCGUGACGCUAAAGUCAGUGGAUAUGGUACACUUCAUGCACGUUUGGGAGCUGAUUCCAUUAAAGAAUUCGAUUGUUGUUCCCUCACACUGCAACCCUGCAAGAACCCUGUGAUAACUCCUGGCGGAUACCUCUUUGAUCGCGAAGCGAUUUUGGAGUAUAUCCUAGCACAAAAGAAAGAAAUAGCCAAACGGACUAAGGAAUGGGAAAAACAGAAUGCAUUAAACGAGGAAGAACAGAAGAAGAAAAGGCCUGGAAGUGCUAUCACGGUUCAACCCCCUCAGAAAGUGAAAGCUCUUGGAAUUGAGGGCGAUAUUUCGAAUAUGAAAGGCGAAAGGAGUAAGCAGUUGCCCAGUUUUUGGAUACCCGAAUUAAAUCCCACCGCGAACGCGUCAAAGCUGGAAAAACCGUCCCAAAAAGUGUUGUGUCCCCUGUCCGGGAAACCGUUGAAGAUGAAGGAUCUUAUGGAAGUAAAAUUCACUUUGAUGCCUCCCGAUGAUGAUGAAAAGAAGAGUAUUAUUGCAGUUCGAUAUAUGUGUGCUGUUACCCAUGAUGCACUUACCAAUACCACGAGAUGCGCCUAUCUGAAGAAAUCGAAGGCGGUGGUUACGUGGGAUGUUGUGGAGAAAUUAAUACGGAAAGAUUGGCUGGAUCCAGUAAAUGGUGAAAAAAUGACAGAGGAUGACAUUAUUGAACUACAGAGAGGAGGUACUGGUUAUGCAGCUACGAAUGAAGUGAAGGCAAAAUUGAUUCGGCCGCAAUUAGAAUUACAAUGA